CCCUGUUGUCUAUUCUUUUCAAAUAUUCACAAGGCGACUCAUGGCUGCCGCUUCAACUGGAAUGGGUAGCCGAUUAGCCUUUACGCUUUGCUGUGCGGCAGCUGCGUCGUUCGCAGUAUGUGCGUUUGCCAUUGGUAUUCAUCGCUACAAAAGAAGAAGAGCAAAGCUAGAGAUUAACGAUGGAUGCAGAGAGGAGAAGCCUCAGAAGAAGUUCAAACGCAUUCUCGCCGACAAUUCUUACUCGCCUUUUUUACACCUCCAUCAACAUGGAGAGGGAGAUACUGCAAAAAUUUCUCAUCCGUAUGAGGACAGAAUUCGCUAUUUGUUGGAUCAUCCUCCACAUCCUUUGCAAUUCAAUUCAAUGAGUGAUCUGUUAAGCAUGGAUGGACCUUAUACAUGGAUCCAAGAAAGAUCCGAGUUAGAAGUUCUUUCCCAGCUAUUAUCAUGUGAGCAUGUCUUUGCAGUAGAUACAGAACAACACAGUUUGCGAUCAUUUCUUGGUUUUACUGCUCUAAUUCAGAUAUCAACCCAGAAGGCAGACUAUCUCGUGGAUGCUAUUGCACUACAUGACGAUAUUCAUUUACUACAAUCAGUCUUUGCUAAUCCUCAGAUCUGUAAGGUCUUUCAUGGAGCAGACAGUGACAUCCUUUGGCUUCAACGGGACUUUCAUAUCUAUGUUGUAAAUUUGUUCGACACCACAAGAGCUUGUGAUGUUCUUGGGAAGCCACAGAGGUCACUGGCAUAUUUGCUGCAAACAUACUGUGGAAUACAUUCAAAUAAAAUAUUUCAGCGUGCAGAUUGGCGACUUCGUCCUUUACCAGAUCUAAUGGUUGAGUACGCACGUAUUGAUGCACAUUAUCUUCUGUACAUUGCAGAUUGCCUUUGCUCAGAGCUUAUUGGAAGUAAAAUAGCUGCAGGAGAAGAUCAACUGCAAACUACCUGCAGUGAUCCUGUAUGCUCAAGUUUGUUUGAGGAGGUUACUCGUCGUUCUAAUUUGAUGACUCUUCAACUGUAUGAGAAAGAUGGGGUGACUUCUGGGGGAGUAGCUGCCGCUUCAUCUAUAUUGUCCCGCUAUUACAGCAGUCAAGGAGCAAGUUCUUAUAAAUCUAGAAAGCCAAGUAAUGCUCUGGGUUUGUACAUAUGCCAGCUAAAUGAUGGUAAAUUUGAGCAGAUUGUGAGGAAGUUGUGCCUAUGGAGGGAUUCUGUGGCCAGGGCAGAAGAUGAGAGUUCACGUUUUGUACUUUCUGAUCAGGCCAUAGUUUUUCUUGCACGAGCAGUACCUACAUGCCCAAAAAAGAUUUACAGCACAAUUGCCACAGCUGAUUCUAUUUCACAGACUCUAGAUAUUUCUUCUUUCAUGGCACCUAUACCUUCACCAUCACCUGUGGUAUAUGCCCACAUUAAUGAUAUAUGUUACCUCCUGAGAGAGGAAUCUGUGAAUACUAAUUACUGUUUACAAGAAGGAAAUAGUGCAGGAGUCCCUUCGGGUUUCAAUACAAGGAAUGUUCAAUUGAAUAAGAGAAAUCGCCAUGGAGCUUCACGACAAGGUAGCAAAGAAGCUUCACGGGCUCAGUUUGCACGGAAAUUUUCUUGCAAGUCACCUGUUUAUCACAACUGUAGGAUCUAUGCUAGCGAUGGCCGACUUCUCUGCUAUUGUGAUCGCAAAAAACUUGAUUGGUACAUACGAAGGGACCUGGCAGAGCUUGUAGAAGAUAACCCUCCAGCUAUUAAACUUCUUUUUGAGCCCAAAGGCCGUCCUGAAGAUGAGAACAACCAAUUCUAUAUUGAAAGCAAAAAGAAUCUCUGUGUUGGUUGUGGAGAAACCAAUCACUAUUUACGCUAUCGGAUUAUCCCUUCUUGCUAUAGAAUGCAUUUUCCAGAGCAUCUGAAAAGUCAUCGGUCACAUGAUAUUGUUUUGCUUUGUGUUGACUGCCAUGAAAUUGCCCAUUCUGCAGCUGAAAAGUAUAAGAAGCAGAUUUCUGUAGACUUUGAAAUUCCUUUGUUUGCCAAGAAGGUAGUAGACUCUGGGAAGAAUAAGAGAGGAAUUAAUGAGCCUGAAUUUGUUGGUGAUGGUGGUGGAAGAGGUGUUUCACCUUUGCAAUUAAGAACUGCAGCCAUGGCACUUCUGCAUCAUGGAUCAGCAAUGCCAAAGGAACGGCAUGAAGAGCUAGUAUUGGUUAUCAAAACUUAUUUUGGAGGUAGGGAUAUUACUGACAAAGAUCUAGAGGUUGCCUUACUUGUUGGCAUGGGUCCCAGAGAGAAAAGGCGAUUAAGAAAAGAGCGUGGGUUGGUUAUAAACGAUACUAAAAAUAGUUCUGAUUUACUGGAGGAUAAUAAUUGCAGAGGCAGGCAUGUUGAGGCCCUUAUGUCAGAAAGGAUUUCAGCCACAGAAGAGAUAGGUGCAGUUUCACCAGCUGUUAUGGAAUCUGAAGAUAUAUGUUUUGUUGAAGACAAUGAAGAGAGUGAAACUCUUCAAGAUUAUGUCUGUGAGACUAAUAAAGAUAAACAAGUUGAGGCUUCUUUGUUUUCAGGUUUAAAUGAGCAUGCGGAAGAGUCCAUUCAUUGCACUGAAAAAGAGUCAGACUCUGUUUCAAACGAAAAUGGUUGCCUUGAAGGAGACUUCAGUGAGCAACAAAAAGAUUUUAAUGGUUUUAUUUAUGCUGAAGACACAAGAAGUGAUGUUGUUUUAGAGCAUUCGUAUAACAGCUGUUCAAGUUCUCCAAAGAUGAUGCAUGCAGCUGGAUGUGAUUAUAUUGAUAAAGUGUUUGUGGAACCCAUGACAAAUAAUUCUACAACCUCCAAGCGAUCACAGAAGAUAUCUUUAUUAGGUCAUGGACCACAUGGAAAAAGAGUAGUUGAUAAAUUAUUGGAGAAGGAUGGUGAGGAAGGCAUUCGACAGUUUUGUCAGCGAUGGCGCACAGUUUUUGUUGAAGCAGUGAAACCUCGUUUCUUACCUUCUGGAUGGGAUAUCCAACAUAGUGGCCGCCGUGAAUUCGGUGAUUAUAGUGUUUAUAAUCCUUCCAAGAAAAAUGAGUUGGGUUAAGGAAAUCGACAAAGGUGGCAGAUAUGAUUAUGUUGUUGGUAAAGGAUAUAAAGACGGAACACUGAAGCUAGAUGUGAGAUGAUAGCGCAAACAUCGAUAAGAUGAAAGAUCAGCUGCCAGUGUCCUAGAUUUUCUAAGAUAUGAAAAUAAAUCUUUUUCGCAAUUAAAUUUUUCACCAAAUUAAAUAUUAAUAAUGCCAGAAUUUUGAAUGAGAAAGGUUAUGCCAGAAUUUUGAAUGAGAAAUAUUCCAUCAUUUUCCUCUAGAAAUUAUUAUCUGUGCAAAAAUCAUGGUGCAGGCUGUUUACAAUCUUACAAGAGUGGUUGUAUGUAUUAUGGACUUCAAUCGAACUUAAUGACUUCAUACGACUCUAGGCUUACUAUUAUGUGAUGAAAGAUUGCUUAAAAUUUACUUGAUGAAACUCCAAAUCAUCGAGAUUUCCUGUUGGCUUCUUGGCAUUGAAUUUUGGUUCUUUUAUACCUUUAUUGAACUCUCGUAUAGAUUGUCAAACUUUUUGGAAAUUAUGGACAACUUGCUCUCAUAUUCUUUAGGUCCCAUCCUCUGCAAGUACUUUCAAACAAACAAUCACAGAUGAUCAUUCUCCUUAGAUCAGAUUAGUAUUUAUAGAGCUUUCUUUAGAGAAGCUAUAUGUUGGGGUGUUAUUGUAGAAAAUAAAACAAUAUCAUUUUACUUUUACCGUGAUAGUCAGGGAUCAUCGUAUUCUGAA